GAAAAGAAACUGACCCAAAACCCCUCUCAGUUGUAAAUCCAAAACCCCGCCGAUAAAAAGCAACAGAGUCCUGAGCCGUUCCAAAUCCAAAUCCAAAAUGACAAUGACUCCAAACCUUGUAUCACUCACUCGUACAUCCCCAUUCUUAAAUCCUUUUGUUGGAGGAUGUUGUUCCCGUAAACCCAUUUUGCAUUCUACUACGAUUGCAGCAAAUCGAAUUCAGACCCGUUCUCACUCGUAUGCUCUGAAUUCCUAUAAUGGAAUAGGAGGAUUCCGGCAACUGCGUUUUAGUCCGAAGGCGGUUUCCGAUGAUGGGUCCAACGGAAGUGAUGGUAAUUCUGGUGGCGGAAACAAUCAUGGCAGAGGUGGAGGUGGAGGUGGAGGUGGUGGCAAAGGUGAUGAUAGUAAUUGGUCUUUCCUCUCAUGGUAUUUGGAUCUUCUUGCAAAGUAUCCUGUGUCGAUAAAAGCUCUGACAUCUGCAUUUUUAACCCUCAUUGGAGAUGUUAUCUGCCAGCUUGUUAUUGAUCAAGUUCCAUGUCUUGACGUGAAAAGAACAUUCUUAUUUACCUUGCUGGGUCUGGUGUUAGUAGGUCCGACGCUGCAUUUCUGGUAUUUGUAUCUAAGCAAACUGGUCACGCUGCCUGGAGCAUCAGGUGCAUUCAUGAGCCUUCUACUUGAUCAGUUUCUUUUUUCUCCUACAUUUAUUGGAGUUUUCUUAUCGGCAUUGAUGACACUGGAGGGAAGACCUUCCCAAAUUGUACCCAAGCUACAACAGGAGUGGUUUUCUGCUGUGCUUGCUAAUUGGCAACUGUGGAUACCUUUCCAAUUUCUUAACUUUCGGUUUGUACCACAGCAAUUCCAGGUUCUUACUGCUAAUGUUAUUGCUUUGGUAUGGAAUGUUAUCCUCUCGUUUAAAGCUCACAAAGAGGUUCUUCAAAAAUAGCCUUUUCAAAAUUCAUCGGGAACUCUGGCAAGUUCAUUCCUACAACAAAAAUGCUAAGCUGGGUUGGGAAGACCACCUCAUGCGCUAUUGUAGUGGAAUUUGAAUGCGAGAACCAGGCAUAUCUUUGAAGAGAAUGAGGUAUCCUAUUCGUGAAGCUGAAAAAAAAAAAAUAUGUUUUUUGGUCUUUAAAUGCUUGUACUAUAAACUGUGGGGAUGUAUGCUCACAUUACUACAAUUGUAAAAUCAGAGAAUCGAUGUUCGUUAUUAUGGCAUUACAUUUGCCAUGUUGUAAUAACUACUUGUGCUCAUUAAUACAACUGAUAUACAUCAUGAAAGAAAGAGAGUGAAGGGUGGCUGUAUAGCUUAUG